GAUAAGAGGAAAAACGUCAUAUUUUGUGUCAUAGUGUUAUCAUUGAAUUAUUAUCGUAUACAUAUUAUUGUCUUAUUCACAAAAUAUUAAUAAUAAUAUGUUGAUCAUGAUUCAUGAUUUUGAUCUUGUGAUUUGUGAAGUACUUAAUUAUUAUUAAUUACUAAGUAGGAUUUUUACCUCAAAUAGACAUGGCUCUAGAAUUUUUAAGGUGGGAGCUGAUGCUGUUGGAAGAAAGAGUUCGAUUACAAGAAAGGCGUAUUGAAAGAAGGGUUUUGAGAGAUGAACAAAAUCCUUUUGAUCUCCCUCUCGAAGAAUUUAUAUUCAUGUUCCGCGUAAAUCGCGAACUAGCAUUCGACGUAAUAAAUAUUAUUAGGCCUUUAUUGCAAGGUCAGCGAUCCUCAGGGUUAUCUCCAGAAGUGCAAUUCCUAGUUACUGUUCAUUUCUACGCUCAAGGUAGUUACCAAAGAGGUUUAGGUGGUAACUCUAUCCUCAACAUAAGCCAACCAUCUGUGAGUAGAUCUAUUAAUAGUGUCACAAACGCUAUAAAUCAGCGUCUUUUGAGACAGUGGGUAAAAUUCCCAAUGACAGCUAUAGAAAGACAAAAAGCUAGAGAAAAAUUUGAAGUUGCACCCCAACCUUUUGAAAGCACUUUAGGAGCAAUUGAUUGUACACACAUUAAUAUUCUCGCUCCAAAUGUCCACGAAGAGGCAUACGUUAAUCACCAUGGUAAUCAUUCACUAAACGUUCAAGCAAUUGUUGACCCGGAUUUGAAAAUUUUGAAUAUAAAUGCCAGGUAUCCUGGGGCUCGCAACGAUUCAUAUAUAUGGAGUGUGUCUGCCGUACGACAGGGAAUGGAAUAUCAUUAUAACAAUGGUGAACGUCGUACAUGGUUAAUUGGUGAUGCUGGAUACCCAUUAGAACCAUGGCUCAUGACGCCAUUACCUCAUUAUCCGGAAGGUACUCGUCAAUUUGAAUACACCAAAAAUCUUUGUAAGGCUAGAAAUGUGGUAGAACGUUUUUUUGGUGUAUUCAAAAGUGUUUGGAGGUGCCUUUCAUAUCAAAGAGUACUAAUGUAUGCUCCUGAUAAAUCUGGCAGAAUAGUAAAUGCUUGUGCCACGCUCCAUAACAUGAGAAUUCAUUAUAAAUUACCUAAUCAUGAUGAAGAUAUAGAUGUUGAACAAAUAGGUCUAAUUGUGGAUGAUAAUCUAGAAAUGCCACAAAUCGAUCAACAAGGUGGUCCAAGAGCAGUGGGUAAACGGAUACAAAGACAAAUCAUAGACCAGUAUGAUAAUUUAAGAGAUGGAGAAGAUGAUUAAAAUAAUUAAAA